AUGCCAGGGUGGAUUAAGUUACUGUCAAAACGGGAAGACGACUGGGAUGCUUGCCGCAGCGUGCUCGAGGGCCAUACCUCCAACGUUAAUGCCGUCGCCUUCUCGCCAGACGGCCAGCUGGUCGCGUCCGCGUCGAGGGACAACACGGUGCGGGUGUGGGAGGCGGCUACAGGGUCGUGCCGCAGCGUGCUUGAGGGCCAUACCGACUACGUCAACGCCAUCGCCUUCUCACCAGACGGCCAGCUGGUCGCGUCCGCCUCGGACGACAACACGAAACGUAGUCUUUUUAGGGCAUUCUUCAGGUUGUACUACGUUCCUUAA